GGUUGAGGCUAUUCGUACUGCAGAAGAGGAGCGAGAAACACUUUCAGCCAAUCGUACGAACCCGAUGGACGAGGAGCUGAUUAAAACAAAGGGGCUCUUGAGAGCUCCAUCGGCACGACGAGAAGGGACACAGCGCAAACGGGAAACCAAGGAAGGCAACGGAGAAUCUAUUGAGAAGGAUUUGACUCCUUCUCCAAGCAAGGACUUAACUUUAAAUGCAUGUCAAGGAGAAAUGGAAACAGGUGCCAUAGGAGAUGUGACAGGAGAGGAUGCAUCUACAAAAGAGGCUACUGAGUCUUCAUGUGAAGAUUGUGCAUCCACAAAAACUCAAGUUAGUAGUCAAAAAGAAGAUAGUAAUGAAGUAUCAACUAAACUGUUGUUAAAGAAAGACGAUAUUAUUGAAGUAUCAACUAAACUGCCGUUAAAGAAUGAUUUAAAUAUGUCAAAAGUUUUGGAUAAAAUCACCCAUCAGGAAAAAUGCUCAGGGUCGAAUAUAAAGUCUAAAUUUGGCUCAGAGGAAACUAUUGGAUGUACGGAUUCUUCAGCAGAAGCGGUUCAAGCUUUAGAACCGGCAACAUUAGGAUCUGCUUCAGAGCCCCGACAUACAAAAUCAAAUCUUAAGGUGGACACAAUUUCACAGACACAAACUUGUAGCAAUAAAAUUAACACAGUGUCUGAUUGUGAACCGGCUGUUAAUAUUUCUACAAAUAAAUUAUCUUCAAAAACUCUCCCACCUUCCAAAGCAAUACCCUGUGAUACCCAUCCCGUUUCCUGUCAGACGGGAAGCCAAUCUCCCGAAAGUCGAACCGUCACUUCACCAACCUUGUCUGAUUCUUCUAUGUGUGGGGCUGGAUCCCCGGGGUCAGAUACUCAGUCGGCCAAGACGGUAUCCCACGAGGACACUUCUGAGAUUGAAGGCCAAGACGAUGAUAUGACUGGUGGAGAGACGCUCAGAGCUCGGAUUGAAAGGCUGAAAGUUUCUAUAGACAAUGGCACAACUGUACCUCAAAGGUCAAGGUCACCACAGGACAGUGUGUCACAAGGGUCAAGGUCACCCCAGGACACUGUAGCGCAAGGGUCAAGGUCACCCAGAAUAAAAGGUUCAUUAUCAAAUGGCAUGCCACCAAUGGUAGAUGGGGGUAAAGUUGUGUCACAAAAGCACAAUGAUUGUGUUGCAUCAUUUGUAGGAAAUGGGGAAGUGUCGGAUAAAGGGGAUAAUACUUCUAGGUCGGUUGAUGUUGCCAUGACGAUGGAGUCGCAUGAGCUAGAGAUUAAAUCGUCUACACAGAGCAGGGCUGGUAGUCAAGCUGGUGGCCGCCGUCGACGGAGGAUCAAAUCGGAGCAGAUUAAUAAUAAUCCUGUCCAAUCCGUAAGUGACAGUCUGGGGUCAGAUAUUAAUAAGGUCACGGAGUUGGUCUACCACACUGAGUAAAAUAAUGCAAUAUCAAAUAUUGGGUUAAGGGGAUUGAGUUAUGCUGCUGAAUCAAAUUUUAUGUAGAGUAAGCUAAGGGCUUUUACAGUAAAACAUCUACCCCAUCCCAGGACUCCAGGUUUGGUUAAGGGGUACCACCUAUAGAAUUUAUUUAAUAAAUUACACAGAAAUAAUAGGAAGGUAAUCCAACCAUGGAUAGAAGCGAUUUAUUGUUGAGUCCUAGGGUCAGGUAGAUAUUUUAAUAGAAUAGCCCUAAUAGAAUUCUUAGCCCAGCAUGCAUGAUGUAAAACAUAUAUUUUUCAACUUGAUUGUAAAAUUUGCAAAGGUUCCGAUGUGACUUUCCUAAAGUGCUAAAACUUCAGAGAUGAGAUUUCUGUAUGGGUUGAUAUUUUCGUAACUCUUCAUGUUGUUCGAUACUGCAAGUUGAUAUAUUAAAGGUAAACUAAAGGUAUUGCAACAUGACAAUGGUACCUUAAAGGUUCGUCAAAAUUGAUUUGCAUACUGUACAGACAGAUACAAUUGUCCCUUCUUUGAAGCAAUAUCAGUGCUAUUUUUACUGAAAACAUUUCACAAAAGCUACAAUAAUUUCAUGCAUGAAGGAUUUACAAUGAAAAAAAAAAAUGUGGAGACUCUUUGAAUCUUUUUAGCGUGGUUUGGUUGAUAAAUAAGCUUUUUUUUGUGGUCGAUGCAUUUCUCCAAAAAAAAAAAAAAAAAUGUUAUUCUUUAACAAGUUCCUGCCAUACAGGAGAUCUGUUAUCCAUUGUAGGAAUGUAUCACCUAGCUAUUGAUAUACACAAGUUACUGAUUUCUCCAGUUUAGUCCGUACUUCCUGUCAUGUAUUAAUAAAUUAUGGCUACACAUAAAUCCUGUCACUGUAUUUUUAGUCCCCUACUAGUGAAACAGGGGGACUGUAGGUUUCCUCCCAUCCGUCUCUCUGUCUGUCAGUCUGUUAGUCCUUCCACUCAGUUUUCUGCAUUUUCUCAGCCAUGCUUCAAAGUAUUAUAAACAAACUUAAUUACAUCACUCAAAAUUUUGACAUUUUAUUACAUGAAUGCCUGCUAUCCUCACAGUUAGUACAAAUCAAUACACAGAGUCCCUCACAAUAAUCACAGUAAUAUAACGUAAAUACAAUACAUAAUUAACCACCUAAAUAAAAAACACAAACAGGAAGACGAUCGAGUGGAAACGAGGUUGACCUGUAAGGUCAACAGGUGACCUGUAAGGUCAACCGAUGAAAGUGCCAGGUACAAUUCACAACCGGUGUAUACAAAAUAAACUACCGGUAAAAAAGUACCAGGUACAAUACAUGUAUAUGAAAAUAAAGUAUGAUUUUGGUGAUUACAGUAUGAGUAGCUACAGAUCAAGUUCAAGUUUCAGGGAUUUUGGAUCAAGGUCACUGUUACUAUUUUUGGUGGGGACAGGUAGGGGACAUGUUAAAGCAAUACUCAGCAUGCUUGUUAUUAUACUUAUUGGGUGAGUCGAGUGUUUAUUGAGUUAAUCAAGUACAAUCCAUAUUGAUAUACUAACAGAUGUGUCCCAUAGAGUAAUUAUAGGAUUUGUGCUUACAUAUAAGUGUCCCGACACUUUAACGCUAGCCUUCCACCUCUGGGUUGCGAGUUCGA